UUAUUUGCGCCAUCAAAAUAGCAGUAAUAGGAUUGGUCAGUACAUUGCUAGUUGCCCUAAGUUCUGCAUUGCCACAAUCCAGGAUAAUCGGUGGCCAAAAUGCCGAAGCCAAAUCGGCUCCUUACAUGGCAUCUCUUCAACUAGAAGCCGACAAUGAUGGACAACUUGAAUUACGACAUUUUUGUGGAGGUGUCAUAUUGAAUGACAAGUGGAUUCUAACAGCAGCACAUUGCUUUAAGAAUAAGGAAGAGCUAAAAAUUUACGUCGCCGUUGGAUUAACCAAAUUAACUGAAGGAGGUGAUGUCUACGAAGCUGAAAAAUAUAUAGUCCAUGAAGAAUAUGACCACUAUAAAAUCAUAAAUGAUAUAGCUUUAUUGAAAAUAAAAAAUCGAAUUCAAUUUUCUGAUAAAGUCAAACCUGGUGUUUUGGGCAGUGAUUUUAUUGAUGGCGGAGUUGAGUUGACUCUAAAUGGAUGGGGUGUUAUAAGUAACACUGGAAUUAAUAACACAAUUCCUUCAAACAAGUUACAGGUAAUGCGUCCAACGACAUUUACAACAGAGGAGUGCCAAGAGGCCCUUUACAAAUUAAUUUAUGACACUCAAUUAUGCGCAAUGGCCAAAAAAGGAACUGGAGCUUGUGUGGGUGAUUCAGGAGGACCCUUAACAAUAGGAAAAAACACCGUAGUAGGACUUGUGUCUUGGGGAAAACACCCUUGUGGAAAUGGAAAUUUUCCAGAUGUUUAUACAAGAGUUUCUGCCUUUUUGGAUUGGAUAGAAAAAAAUAUCUACAAAGACAUGCCGGAAAUCAUUGCCGCUGUCGGUUUUACCGACUUGGAAGAAAAUGUAAAAGGCUACCAUCUGGAUAAAGUCAUUAUGCACGAAGAAUAUGAUCAUCACUAUAUAGUUCAUGACAUAGCCUUGGUCAAAAUCAAGGAACACUUCACAUUUUCAGAAAAAGUGCAACCUGCUGUUUUAGGUACAUAUUUUGUUAAAGGAGGCGCUAAACUUCGUCUGACUGGAUGGGGAAUUACAGUCAAUUCAGGACCUGGUAGCAAUUUACCGUCGAGAUUGUUACAGGAAAUGGAAACAACAUCUUGCACACAUGAAGAAUGUCAGGAUGCCCAUUACAAAACUAUACAUGAAACACAACUCUGCACAAUGGCCAAAAAAGGAACAGGAUCCUGCAAAGGUGAUUCCGGAGGUCCUUUAGUACUAGGAAAAAUACCUGUUGGAAUUGUUUCCUGGGGUGAACAACCUUGUGGUGACGGAUAUUUCCCAGAUGUAUUUACUAGAGUUACUUCUUAUUUAGAUUGGAUCGAAAAGCAUAUGUCGGAAAAUUAA